AACCUAGUCCGUGCAAGGAAACAAUAUUAAAUAUAUCUUUGCUGUGUAUCACUGUGUAUCACUAAAGUUCAUCAUGUAUAAUUAUAAAUAUCAUGCAUGGUUGACAGAAUGUGCAAAUUUCAUUCGAAAAGGAAAUCGGGAAAGGAACGUAACUCAUGCAGUUAUUUUCGGUGCUUUCCAUCAACGUACACAGACGGCACUGUGUUACACAGUGUCAACUUUAGAGCGUUCCAACAACGACACAAUAUGACACUACGUGACACGACGAAAAGAUGAGUUUUGCAGUGUUGUGUCGCUAGGAGUACCAACCAUGAAACAAAAAAAAUCAUGUUUUUUGUAGUGGCAUCAUAUUUAUACAUUUUGCGAUAUAACCUCCGUAGUAAAAGCUAACAAAAUAUUGUUACAUGUAUACAAAAUUCGCGAAAGCUGCCAAUUUUUAUUUUUUUAAAGUUUUUUUACGAUUUGUUGUGUUAAAUAUAACUACUUCAUUUGACAUUAUUUAACAGCGAUGGAUGAAAGAAGAGAUGAAGAUCAAAGAAGGUUCAACAUUUGGUUUAAAAUAAAUGACAAUGAUCCUAUUAAAAUCAUUGACUUAAAAAUUAGCACGUAUGUGCGUUUAAAAAUACGAGAGUAAAAAUUCCAUCCGAAGGACUUUUGAGUACCAAUCACGCCAACUAUCAUUCACUAGCAGUAGAUUCCAGCAGCAUGGAAAAAACAAUUGAGUGGCUUACUUGCAAACAUUGUUCAGAAAAUAUUAAUUCGUUAGACAUGGUUCCAAAGCACAAGUGUUUUAUUGGAGAAGAAGUAUUUAUGGAUGGAAAUCAAAUGCUUUUUAAAGUAGAAAAUGCUGAUGAUACUGAGUACAAUGAUAUUGCAAAUAAUGAUGAGAUAUCAGCAACAGAACAAAACGAUAUAAAAAAAUCAAGUAUAUAUGCAGUUUGGAACAAACAUUCAACAUUGGCUGUUCUUAGCUUGUACGAAGCAAAUCUCCACAUGUUGGACAAUCCAAAGAAAAAAACCAAAAUAUGGGCCAGCAUAGCAGAUGGCUUAAAAGGUUUUGGUAUUGAGGUAAUACAUAUGUCGACUGAUCAAAUUCGUUGGAAGAUAAAUGCAUUAACUAAAAAAUAUAAAGAAUGCAUAGGUAAUAAUCGAAAAUCGGGGCGCAGUCCUAUGUCAUUCGAAUAUUUUGACCAAAUGCAAGAGAUUCUUGGUAAAGAUAAUGAAGCAAAUAUUUGUCACACUCGCUCAUCUAACCUUCCAAAAAAAAAUAUAAUUAAUACAUCUCCGAAAGUUCCAUGUUUGAAUAGUUCAAAAGAAACUGAACUUGAAGUUGUAAGCUCACAUAGCAGUACCUCUUCAUCUAGUUUUUCAACAAAUAAUUUACGCACACAUAUAAAUUCGACAAAAAAGAAAAAUCCAAUUGAAAAAAAAACGCGUCCGUUACAUGGAAGUGGAUCCAAUAACGCAAAAAUAAAAAAUGAAUUAGGAAAGCAUUGGCUGGAAUAUCUUCAGGGCGAAGAGAAACGUCGUGAGGAACGUGACGCUAAGUUGUCUAAAUUAUUAGAAAAAAAACGGAAGCAAUAAAUAUACGAAAACGACAGCUUGAAAUGCACGAAAAAGAAUUAGAUAAUAGAAAAAUAAUAGCUGCGAAAAAAUUAAAAUGCAAAGAACAUCGGCAUGAGGAAAUGAUGGCAAUUGAAAGAGAAAAAUGUAAAUUAUUGAAAAAAUUUUUAUAUGAUAAAGAAAAUGUUACACAAUCUAGUGAUUCAGAUAAUAACUAAUUUUAGAUUUACUUUUAUUUAACAUUUUUAGUUGUUUAAUUUUUCUUAUGUUUCAUUUUAUUAAAGUACAGUACAAAGUUCAAAAUGUAUUUAAUGAGUAUGUUACUUUUAUUUUAUACAUUAUAAUCUUUAAUUUUCUAUUAUUUAUUUGUGCUGUGAUCAAAUAUGGUUUAUUUUGUUACGAGAGAAUUGUCUAAAAUGUUGGUUAUUCAAUAAAAGAAAUAUAAUAAAGCA